UUAUCGUAGUAGGUUUCCUGUCCCUGACCUGUAAGUAGGCCUACUUUGCAUAGGCAAAUUGGGUUCCAAGCCUGCCCUAGAAAUGUCUGCAUGAAAACAGCAAACAAGGUCAAGUUGGUAUCAAUUCUACACCACGCUGUUACACCUGGGACACCAGUACAGUGAUAAAAGUUGGAUAUGGCUGGUGAAAUGAUAAACGGCAUGUUGCUGUGCAGGUGUCGCGGCCACCUGUGGCCCACCAUGGAACUAUGGCCCAAGGGGUACGACUGGAACAAGUGGUUUGAGGAGUUGGACAAUAACUUUGCUGCCAGACCUGACGACCUUUAUAUUGCGUCUUUCCCCAAAUCUGGUCAUCACUGGUCUUUCGAGUUCAUCAACAUGAUAUACAAUGGCAAUGCAGACAGCGUGAACAAAUCAAAACUAGAAAACUUCUUUGAAAUGCACGAGAUAAGAGAAAUCGAAGAAAUGCCCUCUCCUAGAAUACUUAUGACCCAUUUACCCUAUGAUACCAUGCCACAGGAUGUAAUCAACAAGAAAUGCAAGAUUAUCUGCAUCAUGCGGAAUCCAAAGGACGUGUGUGCGUCUCACUUCAACCACGUUCGCGGGAUAGCCGAGUAUAAAUAUGAUGGGGACUGGAACCAUUUCUUCGAGCUUUUUCUGAAAGGAGAAGUUGAAAACGGCCCUUGGCUCAGUCAUGUAAAAGAUUGGUGGACACACUGCAAAGAUAACCCAAACGUUCUUUUCCUGAAAUACGAGGACAUGAAGCAUGAUCUAUUUGCUAAUAUCAAACGGGUGGGAGAAUUCCUAGGAAAAACGUACGACGACGAUCUUUAUCGUAAAAUGGCGGAGAACUCUAACUUUGAUGUAAUGAAGAAAAACGCAAAAGCUAAGGAGCUUCCAGGGAUAUUCAAAACAACAGAUGGCACUUUCUUUCGCAAGGGGAAAAUUGGCGACUGGAAGAACUACUUUACUGUUGCACAAAAUGAAAGAUUCGACGCUGUUAUAGAAAAAGAACUGAAAGAUACUGGACUGAAAUUCCAAUAUGAGUGACGAUGCAGUCACCCGUAUGAGAGCAUGAAGGCGGGUGAUCUUUGUGUGCACUCACCAGAUACAACUCUGGAAGGAUAUCGUGCGUUCUGCAGAAAAUAACAACUUACAAUCAUACUAGCGGGGAAGCAGUUUUAAAAAAAGUGCUUUAUAUGUUCUUAAGUUGCAAUUUUUCAGUAUUUUUGUUGCAGGAGUAGCUUCCUUCGCUCGCGAAGGCAAAUUCUUUAAGAAGGAAAAUAUUAAGAAUGUAUUGCAUUGAAAUGAACAGCGGGCCUGUUGAUAUUAAUGGCAGUUCAGUCAGAAAGUUAAAUGUGAAAUAGACAUUUGAUAUAGAAAAAAAAUACUGAACAGAAUAGCGUGAUAGUAAAAGAACUAAUCCGGUUUGUUAUUUGGGUAGUAGGCCUAUAUUGAUUAGGCUAGAUUUUUUGGACAAGCAGCACACAUCACUUAGCACAUUCUGAUUUCUCAACAACUGCAAUAUUGUCAAUACCACAAACACAUCGUUCAUCACCUAUUGAAAUCUUAGUCAU